CUUCUUCAUUUCAUUUUUUUUUUACCUCCUCUCUCCGUUUUCUUCUCUUCGCGAAGUUUCUCAUUUUUUUUCUUGCAAAGCUUUCCACCGUUGAUUUCCGCGACAAAUCAAAAUUCGGUCGAUUUUAGUUUUCCCUCCUUUUUCUCCGUUUACAAAUCUCACGUCCUUUUCUUUCGCUUUUGUUUGAUUACAUGAUUGAAAAUCAUCCGAUUUGUGUAGAAUUUGAGUGAGAUAUUCGUAUUUGACGUAUAAUUACCUGAUUUUUCGAUAUCGAUUUCGAUUAUUGGAUUAUUUUCCUAUAUUUUCGCUGAAAUUGCGGAUUUUUUUGUCGGAGUUGAAGAUUUGAAUUUGGCGUAGCAGCUGCAGUGACUGAUUUUGAAGGUUUUGGACGGCUUCUACGAUCGACGAUCAAUUUUUCUUUCUCCAGAAUUCGCAUAAUUGAAGAGAGAGAAUCCGGUAACCUAGAUCAUCGGCGAUUAUUACUGAACAAGAAGAAUCAAACAAGUUAGCUGAGUCGAUCAUGGCAGACUCAGACAACGACUCAGGAGGAAAAUCGAGUCAUCUAAACCGCGGAGAUUCUCUCUCAUCCUAUCCAAAAGAGCAAGACCGAUUUCUUCCAAUCGCAAACGUGAGCAGAAUCAUGAAGAAAGCUCUUCCAGCAAACGCAAAGAUCUCAAAAGAUGCAAAAGAAACUGUUCAAGAAUGUGUAUCGGAGUUCAUAAGUUUCAUCACCGGAGAAGCCUCCGAUAAGUGUCAGAGAGAGAAACGGAAGACAAUCAAUGGCGACGAUCUUCUUUGGGCGAUGACCACCCUUGGAUUCGAAGAAUACGUCGAACCGCUCAAGGUUUAUUUGCAGCGGUUCAGGGAGUUGGAAGGGGAGAGAACCGGCCUUGGACCGCCGGUUCAAGGAAGUAAUAAUAAUAGUAAUAGUAAUAGUAUUAAUAAUAAUAGCGCGAGUGGUAUUGGGGUAAAUAGCGCGAAUGGUGGGGGUAUUUUCGGGAUGGGAUAUGGUCAAGGUGGACACGUGUAUGGAUAUGGUGGCGGUGGUAGUGGUGGUGGAGGUAAUAGAGGGAUUUUGACUCAUGGUGGGCCUGGUGGAGUUAAUGGUGGGCCUAGAUGAAAGUAUUUAUUAUUGGGGGUGGGGUUUUGCUUUUUGUAUGUUUUUAACUUUUGCAAUAUUGUGGAAUUGGAGUUGGUAGCUUAAGAUGAGAGGUUACUAAGGAUUAUGGUUAAUUUUGGUCAUGUUAUGUGAUAUAGCAUUGGUCUAGUAUAGUGUACAUAAGGCACAAAAUCUACCAUUUCAAUUAAUGUGUAAUUUUCUUUUUAGUGUAAGGGAAUGUAUAAAAGGUAAGAUUAGAAUCAAAAUUCUUGAACUUUUGAGUUGGGAGAUGAUACUCAGAGAGAUCUUGAUUCUUGUAUUAUGUAAAAGAAAUAUUUAUUAGAAAAAACAACUUUUUGUUUUUCUUCUUC